AUUAUUAGUAGCGGCGUGGCAUCUCCUCUCCUCCUCGAUUCUUCCCCAUUCCCAUCGCGUUGCUCCCGACCGAAGGAGGAGAGGAGGUGACGGCGCUGCAGCCUGCAGCAGGAGGCGAGGAUGGUGGACGUUUCGCGCGUGCAGAAGGAGCUGACGGAGUGCAACCGCGACCGGGAGGUCUCCGGCGUCUCCAUCGCGCUGCACGACGGCGCCACCAUCUCCCACCUCACCGGCACCAUCGCCGGGCCCAGGGACACGCCCUACGAGGGCGGCACCUUCAUCAUUGACAUCCGCCUCCCCAGUGGCUAUCCCUUUGAGCCUCCGAAGAUGCAGUUCAUCACCAAAGUAUGGCACCCUAACAUCAGCAGCCAAAAUGGAGCAAUUUGCUUGGACAUACUGAAAGAUCAGUGGAGCCCAGCCCUUACCUUGAAGACGGCGCUGCUUUCCCUUCAAGCUCUGCUUUCUGCUCCUGCACCUGAUGAUCCUCAGGAUGCUGUUGUCGCACAACAGUACUUGCGUGACUAUUCGACAUUUGUUGGUACGGCUCGCUACUGGACAGAGGCCUUUGCAAAGAGUGCUUCCACUGGCAUGGAAGAAAAGGUCCAGAAGCUGGUUGAGAUGGGCUUCCCAGAGGAUUUGGUGAGAAGUACUCUGAAGAGUGUCGAUGGCGAUGAGAACAUGGCUCUCGAAAAGCUUUGCACUGGCUGAACCCAUAUGGUCGAUAUGAACUGUAAAUUGCAUCCCCAUUCAUCAUAUAAGGAAAGAAAACGAUGCCUGCUAAUGCUCCUUCUCUGCCAUUUCAUUGUGGCAUUUUAAGACAAUAUAUAUAGGGGAUUAGACCAUGGGACCCAAGUGAAAACUACCUAUUAUAACUUGACGCAGUUUCCGUUCGUUUUC